AUGAAGGAUGAAAGUAUGGAUGUGAUCAGUAAGUUACUUGUGGUGUGUGAUUUUACGGAAGUCUUUCUUGAUGAUAUCUGUGAUUUUCCACCAAAGUGCAAAGUUGAGUUUACCAUAUACUUAGUAGUUGGUACUAGUACAAUGUCGAGGGCUCCUUAUCAAAUGUCUGCUGCAGAGUUGAGUGAAUUAAAGAAGCAACUGAAAGAUCUAAUUGAAAAGAAGUCGUUCGUCCGAGGGUUUUGUCUGGGGGUGACUAUAAAAAAUAAGUAUCAAUUUUCGAGGAUUGAGGACUUGAUGGGUCAGUUGGUUGGUGUUUCUGUGUUUAACAAGAUAAACUUGCAUUUGGGUUAUCACCAGAUAUGUGUGAAGCAUGAAGAUAUUCUGAUGUCUGCUUUCAGAGCGAGGUAUGGACAUUACGAGUAUUCGGAAGUCUUUGCAUAUGUCAAUGUUGGUGGUUCGAGAGUUCGAGUUGAUCGAGCAAUUAAGAAACACGAGUUUUAUAUGUGA